AUGGUCCGCAUCCAGGAAGACCCCUCCUCCAGCGACGAGGACGACUCACGCGUUGCGGCGAACAACAACGCAAGUUCAUCGUCGUCGGCACUGACGUCGCCGUCGUCGGAUAAGGAGAAUGCGCGCAGCAAGGGGAAAGGGUCUGGCGGCGGCGGCGCCGUGUCGAAGGCAAACGCGAAGGGGAAGGGAGCAGUGAGGGGGAACGGGAAGGGGAAGGGGAAGGGGAAAGAGGUGGUGCGUAGGCAUGGGGGAGGGCUGGCGGAGAUUGGGGAGCAGAAUGAGAUAUUGGAAUCUGAGGAGGAGGAGGAGGGGUCUGAAGAGGAGGGGGGCGAGGAAGAGGAAGAAGUGGGGGAGGAGGAGGAGGAGGAGGAGGAAGAGGACGGAGAAGAGCAGGAUGGGGAAGGGGAAGAGGAGGAGGAGGAAGAGGAGCAGAAGGAUACGGAUAUGUUCGACCCUGACCAGGACCCGGAGGAGCGCAGGCAGGUGCGGAUGCAGUAUCGGGAGCUGGGGAGGAAACUUAACGACAACAAAAACGAAUACCUCCAACCACACUCAGACGGCCUCCUCCGCACCUUCGAACAAGCCGAGCAGCUCUUCAAAAAAGUAAAACAAACCUCCGACGCCACCAUCGACUCCCGCAUCCUCGUCCAAGCCACCGACCUCGCCCUCAAAAAGGCCACAAACCUCACCUACGGCAACUCGGGCGCCACCAUCGACGCCGACGAGUUCGUCGGCCAAUGCAUCGCCUUCAUGCGCAGCAGCACCCGCCCCCCCCCGCCAACAACAACAACAACGACGACGACGACAACGCAGCGGCAGACGACGCAAUGGACUGGGCACUUCCUCCUGGGCCCGCUGUCGGUUACGAAGAAGAUCCGCAUCAUGAAGGCGCGGCGGCAGGGGCUGCGGCGCGACAACGCGAACCUGGUGCGGCCCGUCGAGGUCACGCAGCAGCAGGGGGCCGGGGAGAAGGCGGAGGCGAAUGGGAGUAGCGCGAUGAGUGCGCUGGUGCAGAAGAUAUAUUUGGACCUGAAGGCGUGGUUUAGGCGCAACCCGCGGCAGGCGGAGAAGGGGCUGAGUCUGUUUCGGUUUGUGGUCAAUCCGGACUCGUUUGGGCAGACGGUGGAGAAUAUGUUUUAUUUGUCGUUUUUGGUGAAGGAUGGGUUUAUUGCGAUUGCGUAUGAUGAGGAGAAUGGGCUGCCGGUGAUUCAUUGUACGGACCCCGCAUCCCAGGAGGACCACAAGGAGUUCGACGUCUCGAGGAGCCAGGUCAUCUUCUCAAUAACGAUGUGGGAGUGGCAGGAGAUGAAGCGUAUCUUUGAUAUCACCGAGAGCAUGAUACCCACGCGCGCGCAGGAGCAGGCGCUGACGAGUGCUACGGGGUGGUAUUCGUAG